CGUCACCGAUGGCGUGACUGCUUGCUUGCAGCAGUGUGACACCAACCAUCUCGCUGCCUUCGGGGCAAUGACAAACGCUGCAUGCCGGGUCGAGCGGGCGUUAAGCCGUGAGGAGAGAGCCGGGAAGAGUGCCAGCCUAUAAAACUGGCAUCGUCUGCCGAGGAGGGGACUCGAUUCUCUGCCAUCGUGAGUUUCGUACUUUCCGCAAUCCACCUCGAGACCGAGAUUUCAAAGUCGCAAAGGUUCGAAAACGAAGCAUUGAAACCAGAGGACACCUCGUAGCAACUUCGCAACCAUGGCUGCCGCAGACGUCGUCAACCCAGCGCUCUUCGAUCGCCACCAGGCCGCCAUCUCACCCGCGAUCGCAAAUGAUGGCAGGGCGGCGCCGCAUAACGUACGCACCGUCUUGAAUUACUACAAGGAUCCCGGGGACGGCACUCCCCCUGCUCCAUUUUACGUUGGCAAAUCUUUCGAGCAACAGCAGGCUUUGAGACCGACCGUUAGCGUGGAGGUGGAGGUCACCGACAUCAGCGGAAGCGAAGACAAGUACACGCUGGACAGCCACGGCUUCCAGAUUGUCAGACACGAGAGCAAGGAGAAGCAGUUCCUGGACGAGGAGCAGAUCAAGAGCAUCUAUUACCCAGAGACGGAGCAGUUGCUCAAAGACGUAACGGGAGCUACGCGCGUGUUGAUCUUCGACCACACGAUCCGCCGCCCGCCCAAACCCAACGGCGAUGAGAACGCUCUCUUGCGUGGCCCUGUGCGGAACGUGCAUAUCGACCAGUCGUACACGGCCGCCGUCAACCGGGUGCGGUACCACCUCCCUGACGAGGCCGAGGAGCUGUUGAAGAAGCGGUUUCAGAUCAUCAACGUAUGGCGUCCGAUCAAGACCAUCUUGAAAGAUCCGCUGGGCGUUGCCGACGCCCACUCGGUCGCCGAGUCCGAUCUCGUGGGCGCCGCCCUGAUUUACCCGAACCGCAAGGGCGAGACUUUCGCGGUCAAGCCAAACCCGGCUCAUCGCUGGUAUUUCAAGUACGCGCAGCGGCCCGAUGAAGUGACGCUUAUCAAGUGCUACGACUCGGUCACCACACCGGGCGUCGCACGUCGGAUCCCGCAUUCCGCGUUCACCGACCCGGCCGAAGAGGACAAGGAGCCUCGGGAGAGCAUCGAAGUGCGAACCUUGGUGUUUUAUGACUACUGAGACGGGUGUUUAGGCGGGGAUGGCUCAAGGCUGGCGGGGAAGUGUGCGGAACGCCAUGAACCCCCCUAGCGCACGACU